GACCUAUCAAAAAACCUGAAUCAAGAGAGGCGUUUCAGCACCAUUCUCGGGGAGAGUAUUUUUUAUAGUCUAUGGAGUAGACGCGACAUUUGCCGCAAGUAGAAAGGAGUGGAGCGAUUGAGAACGAAAACUCUUCUUUCAUGUGGAUUACUUCUGGAAAAAACAAACCCCUACCAAAAGCGGAAACUAGCUAAUACAUUAGGAACAACAUACAAAGACUGGAAUUAUACGGUCGCUGUCUACAGGACCCAACCCAUGAUGUACAGCGCCUGCUCUACAGCCCCACCCACUUCCUGUCUGUAGAGGAAGCGGCUCCACCACUAUGUCCUCCCACCCCCAGUCUGUGCCUCAGGGCCGGAGGGCUGUGGACACCCGCCACCUGCCAAACCCUGCCAGUCUACCACUGCAGCUGGCACGGGCACACACGGAUGUGGGACUGGUGGACUAUCACCCUCACUCUCGUGACUACAGCUCCCACCUGGCUCAGCCCCACCGCCGCAGACCCUCUCUGCUGUCCGAGUUCCAGCCAGGGAAUGAGAGAGGUCAGGAGCAACACAUCCGCUAUGAGCACAUAUACCUGCCCGAUCCCAACAGCCUAUCAGAGAUGGAAUAUGCUGAGAUGAAGCGUCCUCGGCUGGACAUGGGGCCGGAGUCUCUCAUGAGGCACUCAGCCCACCGCCCACAACUUCCUCUGGGAGGGGCAGAGGACAUGUUAAAGGACCGUGGCAGCUCCAUGGGGAAGCUGGAGCCCAUAUCCCCCGUCAGCCCGGCCCAGAUGGACCCUGAUCUGGACCUGGUGCCCGCCCGCUUCUCCAAGGAGGAGCUCAUCCAGAACAUGGAUCGUGUGGACCGGGAGAUUACAAUGGUGGAGCAACAGAUCUGCAAGCUACGCAAGAAACAGGUACAGCAACAGCUGGAGGAGGAGGCAGCAAAGCCCCAGGAGCCUGAGCGGUCCAUGAUCUCCCCUCCGCCCAGCGAGGCCAAGCACCGUAGCCUGGUGCAGAUCAUCUACGACGAAAACAGGAAAAAGGCAGAGGAAGCUCACUGGAUUCUGGAAGGACUGGGACCCCGAGUAGAACUGCCUCUGUACAACCAGCCCUCCGAUACCAAGCAGUACCAUGAGAACAUCAAAAUAAACCAGGCGAUGAGGAAGAAGCUCAUUCUUUACUUCAAGAGGAGAAAUCAUGCUCGUAAGCAGUGGGAACAGAAGUUCUGCCAGCGCUAUGACCAGUUGAUGGAGGCCUGGGAGAAGAAGGUGGAGCGCAUUGAGAACAACCCCCGGCGCCGGGCCAAGGAGAGCAAGGUGCGCGAGUACUACGAGAAACAGUUCCCUGAGAUCCGCAAGCAGAGGGAGCUGCAGGAGCGCAUGCAGAGUAGCCGGGUGGGGCAGCGUGGAGGGGGAUUGGCCUCGUCUUCAGCCCGCAGUGAACACGAGGUCUCUGAGAUCAUCGACGGCAUAUCAGAGCAAGAGAACACCGAGAAGCAAAUGCGUCACCUGGCGGUCAUCCCUCCCAUGCUAUUUGACGCAGAGCAGCAACGUAUCAAGUUCAUCAACAUGAACGGCCUGAUGGACGACCCCAUGAAGGUGUACAAGGACCGGCAGGUCAUGAACAUGUGGAGCGAGCAGGAGAAGGACACCUUCCGUGAAAAGUUCAUCCAGCACCCAAAAAACUUUGGCCUGAUUGCUUCUUUCCUGGAGAGAAAGACAGUGGCAGAGAGUGUCCUCUUCUACUACCUGACCAAAAAGAACGAGAACUACAAGAACAUUGUGCGCAGGAACUAUCGGCGCCGUGGCAGGAGCCAGCAUGGCCAGCAGCAGCAACAACAACUGCAGGUGAACCGCAGCAGCCAGGAGGACAAGGAGGAGAAGGAGAAGGAGAAAGAGAAGGAGAAGGAGAAAGAGAAGGAGAAGGAGGGAGAGAGGGAUGAGGAGAAGACUGAGGGGGAAGACAAGGAGGAUGUAAUGAAGGACGACACCUCCGGCGAGGACGGGGAGGACAAAGAGCCCACGGUGGCUUUCAAGGGUCGACGCACGGCCAACAGCCAGGGUCGCCGCAAGGGGCGCGUCACCCGCUCCAUGACCAGCGAGGUGGAGGAGACCACCACUCCACCGCUCAGCAGCGAACUAGCCAAUCUGGAAAUGAAUGAGAGCUCUCGCUGGACUGAAGAGGAGAUGGAAACCGCCAAAAAAGGUCUUCUCCAGUAUGGUAGGAAUUGGUCGGCCAUCGCCAAGAUGGUUGGCUCCAAAACUGUGUCACAGUGCAAGAACUUCUACUUCAACUACAAGAAAAGGCAGAAACUGGAUGAGAUUCUGCAGCAGCAUAAAAUGAAAUCGGAGAGAGAGCGUAAGGCGCGGCGUAAAGGCAAAGCUUUACAAAGUGAAGAGGCCAGCGCCCCGUCUGCUGCCGAGGAAGAGGAGAUGGAGGGUUCCGGGGCCAGCGGCAACGAAGAGGAAGCUCCCGAGGAUGGAGAAGGUGGGGCUAACAACAGCUCGGACACAGAGAGCCUGCCCUCUCCGCGGUCCUCUGAGGACAGCAAGGCUAAAGAGGAGGGUGGCGGUAGGGCCAAGGCUGGCUCCAAACCUGGGGACAAGGAGGCCUCAGGCCCUCACAUGGUCCAGGGAGGAGAUGAAAAGCCCCCAGGAGAUGGGGACAAGGCCAUCAAGCAGGAGGUGAAGACCGAAGCAGGGGAUUGUAGCAAGGAGCUACCCAGUGAAUCCACAGACGGAGACAGAAAGCCCCCCACUGCAGAGGCAGAGGAGAGCAAGAGCACCUCCAAGAUCUCCAAGAGGGACCACGAGCCCAAGACGGGCUCCCAUGCAGACAGUGACUCUAGCGCCACCUGCAGCGCUGACGAGGUGGAGGAGUCGGAGAACACCGAGAAGAACAGGAUGACGUCCCCAAACCGGCCCAGCCUUCUAAACUAUGCUCAUGAUGGGGUCAUCUCCUCCCCCCUGCAGAAGCCCAUGGACCUGAAGCAGCUCAAACAGAGGGCUGCGACCAUCCCCCCUAUUAUGCCCCAGAUCCCGGAGGGUGUCCCGCGGGGUGGGGUUGGUAAGGCCGUGCUGCCCCCCCAUGCCCUGGCUCUCUACCAGCAGCAGAUCACCAUGGCCCACGGAGAGUCCUCCCAGGAGGCCAAGCAGCAGCAGCAUGCAGGUCAGCCCAGCAAACAGCACCCUUACCCAGCGCAGGGAGACAGAGACCCACACAACAUCAGCAGCCCCCGCGUCCGCCCACGCAGCCCCUCCACCAGCGACAAGGAUGAGCUGGAAGGCAACGAGAGGUGGCUGCAGACUCUACUUCACGGAUUACAUAAGUCCCGGGCCUUCUCUCCACACGGAGACCCUAAGAAGCAGGCGGUGGGGCCAGAGGACCUGAGGGCCACUACCCUGGGCCGGCCUGUCAUGUCCCCCUACCCAAUGUCCCCUCGAGACAUGGCCAAGCUCAGCCACGAUCAACACCUGCUCCAUUAUAACUCCUCUUUCCAGCAGGUUGGACACUCUGGGCCCCCUGGUCUGCAGCAGGAUGGCGUCAGGUUGGCAGCGGUGCGCCCCCUCCACAUGCCAGAGCCACCCCCUCUCAUCUCCUCCAACAAGCCAGGGGGGUCUAUCACACAGGGAACCCCAGUGCAGCUGCAUAGCCCGGCUCACGGGAUGGACCAUGGGAAGAUGCCCCCUGCACAGAUGGGUUUGUCCUGGAUGGAUCAGAGGAAAGUGGGUGAGUCCAAGUGUCUGGAGUGGGUGCAGCAUUCCCAGCCUUGGUUUGCUGGUCCCUACCCCGUGGUGAAGCAGGAGCAGCUGUCCCCGCGGUGCUCGUCCUCCCAGGCAGAGAACCUGUCCACGCAGGGGGCGCCCCACGACGCCAACGCUGGACGUGGGUCCAUGCCAGCGGUGCAGGGUGGCAGCAUCACGAAGGGCAUCCCUGGGACCAGAGUUCACCAGGACUCCCCCAUCUCCUACCGAGGAGGCUCCAUCACCCAGGGCACCCCGGCUGACGUUCUGUACAAGGGGACCAUAACCCGUCUGAUCACGGAAGACAAUCCCAGCAGGGCAGAGAGGGAGCGGGACGAGGCCCUGUCCAAAGGACACGUGGUCUAUGAGGGUAUCAGCGGACACAUCCUCACCUAUGACCGCCUACCCUCUCAGAACCCUAAAGAAGACAGCCGGGGCCAGCCUGGGGAGAUCUUGGGGCUGAAGCGCCCCUAUGAUGUCAUGGAGGGAGGGAUCUCCAGGGGGCUGCCCAUGAGGGACUCUCUGUCUGCAGCCAACUGUGAGGGUCUGAUGGGUAGAGCCAUGCCCCAUGAGAGAGACAGCCCACACCCGACCCACCACAUCCGUGGUUCCAUUUCACAGGGUAUCCCCCGUCACAUGGAACCCCAGGAUGGCUACAUGAGGCGAGAGCCCAAGCAGAUGAAGAGAGAGGGCUCCCCGCCCCGAGGGCCUGGCCAGAUGGCUGACCCCAUGAAGGGACGAGACGGCAUGGUGCCCACCGUGAAGGAGGGGGGCCGAUCCAUCCACCUCAUCCCCAGAGAGGAGCUACGACAGAUGCCCGAUGGCAUGAUGAUGGCCAAGGUUGGCAAAGAUGGCAUCAUAGCACAGGGUGCUCCUAUGAAGCAGGAGCAGGGUGGCUUAAGGAAGGGGCAUGACGUUCGUUCCAUCAUCGCCAGCUCCCCACGCUCCCACUACGGCAUGCCCCCUCACCUGGAGAUGCGGGGGCCUGAGCAGCGGGGCCGCUACGAGGAAGGUCCUAAGGGUCGGCCCAGCGCUGUGGUCAGCACGGCCAGCUCCAUGGCCCGCUCCUCGCCUCUGGCCAUGGGGGGUGAACAGGGUGGCAAGGCCCACCACAGCCCCGUUGGCUACGAGGAACACAAGGGUGGCAUGAGGGCUCCCUACACUGGGCCUUCUCACAGAGGAUCCCCCCUGUCCAGAGAAUCAGGCCAGCGGCAGCAUGAAGGCUCCAAUAAGAAUCAGCCUCAGGAGCGCAAGUCCACACCCACCCCUAGGGAGAUGAGCUCCGGCAAGUCACCGCUGCCGGGCGUUGCCGAGCAGCAGGCCCAACAACAGGCCCAACAACAGGCGUCCCUGGCGUCGUACGAGCGUCUGCUGCAGGGUCUGGGGGCUGACGUGUACCGAGGUCAGAUCCCCCUGGCCUUUGACCCUGCUGCCCUGCGUCAGGGCAUCCCCAUCGACCCAGCAGCCUACUACCUGCCUCGCCACCUGGCCCCUAACCCUGGCUACCCUCACCCCUACCCCUACCUGAUCCGGGGCUUCCCCGACACGGCGGCCCUGGAGAACCGCCAGACGCUGCUCAACGACUACAUCACCUCCCAGCAGAUGCACCAGUGGCCUGCAGCCGCCGCCAUGGCUGCCCAGCGCUCAGACCUGCUGAGGGGGCUCUCGCCACGGGACCAGCCCCUCCAACUGCCCUACUCUGCUGCCCCGCGCGGGAUCAUCGAUCUGUCUCAGGUGCCACACUUACCUGUCCUGGUCCCUCCCUCUGCAGGGUCUUCCGGCUCCCCUAUGGACCGCAUCACCUACAUCCCUGGAGCCUUCCCUAGCCAACCAUACACCUCCUCUCCCAUCUCACCAGUUGGGCCCCAACACAUGAGCAAGCAGCACGGCACACCGUCCUCUGCUGACCGCGAGCGGGAGAGAGACCGCGAGAGGGAGAGGGAGAGAGACCGCGAGAGGGACAGGGAACAGGAGAGGGAGAGAGAGAGGGAUCGCGAGAGACAACGGGACAGAGACAGAGAACGGGAGAGAGAGCGGGACAGGGACAGAGAGAAGGGGAUCUCUCACGGCAACGUGGAACAUGCCCCCAUCUGGAGACCAGGCACAGAGCACAGCUCAGGUGGUAGUGUCAGGCCCUCCUCCCACUCUGGCUAUGGCCACCAGCACUCCCCGGUGUCCCCUCGCACCCAGGACAGUGUCCAGCAGAGGCCCAGUGUCCUGCACAACACUGGGGGCAAGAGUCUGCCUGUCAGCGACCACAACAACCCCUCUGUGCUAAGGUCCAUGCCAGGCUCAAAUCGCUACCCAGGCUACGGCUACCAACAAAGCAUGGACUCUAAGGAAAUGGGCCGGGAUGGGGGCAAGAGUAGGGGAGGCCUUCCCAAACACACCCAAGAUCAACAUGGGCCCUCUAUAUCCUCCAGCAAAUCUGACCCCAAGCUGGCCAGCCCUAACCAAGGGGGUUACCCCAGCCCCUACCCCCAGGGCUCUUCAGCCUCUCACCACUCAGGGCGACCCCCUCACCUGCUGCCCCCCCAGUCGGAUAACGCUGCUGGCCGUGGAGAAAGUGGCACACCUAGUAGGGAAAAGACUCAAAACAAACCGAUGUCCGUUCAGGAACAAGAGCUCCGAGCACUCGGUAAGACCACCAUGACUGCGGCCAACUUCAUAAACGCGAUUAUCAUGCGUCAAAUUUCUUGUGAAACGGGGAUGCCAGAGACGGGCUCGCUCGUGGCCAACAGCGCCAGUGAUGUUCAACAGAAGAUGAUGCCCAUGGAGCAGCAUGGUCUGUACCGGCCUCCCUCUGAGGAGAGGCUAUCCCCGGGCCAGCAGCCCCAGUCCCCCCUGGUCAAAGGCAGCCAGAGGGUGGUCACCCUGGCCCAGCACAUCAGUGAGGUGAUCACCAAGGACUACACCCGGCAGACCCAGCAGGCCCAGCAGCAGGUCCCUAUGCAGCAGUCUUACCAUAGCAACUCUGUCCUGGACCUGACCCGGCCCCCCAGCGCCCCCCAGGCCCCACCUGCCUCCCAGGAACCCAGCCAGGGGCCUCGCUACACUCCAGAGGGAGCCGGAGGGGAUCGUGCCCGAGACAGGUCCCCUCAGCCCAAGGUGUCACCUGUCAAUAUGUCUACAGACGGCAUUGAGCCCGUGUCCCCUGCCGGAGCCAUGUCUGAACCAGAGACACAAGGGGCCUCCUACCCCAACGAGCAGAGCAUGGGCUCUCGCUCCCCUCCCAGCACCUCCCAGCCCCCAGCCUUCUUCAGCAAGCUCACUGAGAGCACCUCGGCCAUCGUCAAGUCCAAGAAACAGGAGAUGAUCAAGAAGAUGACCGUGGUCGGCAGUGACGCCGACUUCAAUCCUGGUCAGCCAGGAACAGAGAUUUUCAACAUGCCUGCUUCUACCACUGCAGGACCUGUGAGUAUCCGCAGCCACCCGGCUCCCGAGGUGUCCGGUAACACCAUAGGGCUGGAGGCCAUUAUCAGAAAGGCCCUGAUGGGAAAGUAUGAUGACCAGGCCGAGGAGCGCCCUCCCUCCUCCAAUGCUAUUAACCCCAUGGUUGCCAGUGUGCCUGCCGCUAUGCUCCCCGCUGAUGGACGGACGGAGGACUCUUACUCACUGCAAGGUGGGGGGAAACCAAAGGGCAGCGGGCGUUCUAACGGACGGAAGGCCAAAUCCCCCGGGCCGGGCCUGUCAGGGGGGGAGAGACCCUCCUCUGUGUCCUCUGUCCACUCUGAGGGGGAUGCCAACCGCCGCACGCCCGUCACCAAUCGUGUCUGGGAGGACCGGCCCUCCUCCACAGGAUCCACACCCUUCCCGUGUAACCCCCUGACCAUGCGUUUCCCAAGUGGCAUGCCGGUGUCAAACCCCUCCCCCACCCCCUCUGGCCAGUUAGGGGCUCAGGGACAGGGCCGGUCCUGGGAGGAGGAGCCUAAGCCCCUGCUGUGUUCUCAGUAUGAGACCCUGUCUGACAGUGAGUGAGAGACCCUGCCAUGGAACAGAACAGCACUCGCCAACUAACCACCUCCACUGCUGCUGCAGGCACACACCUGACACACACACACACACACACACACACACACACACACACACACACACACACACACACACACACACACACACACACACACACACACACACACACACACACACACACACACACACACACACACACACACACACACACACACACACACACACCAUUCCACUCUACAGCUCCAUCUCCACCCAGCAAGGGAGUACAACAGGACCUGACCUCUGGGCCUCCCAUCUCACACAGCUGACUGACGAUCACAAGCACCGAUGGGGGUGUGCUGAAACACUGCUGCUCCGUGUUUCAGUGUAUGCAGUCACUCCAGGACUACUCUAAAGGACAAAUCACUUGUUUUUUUACUUCAUUUUUUCCCCUCUUACUGGCCUUAUUGAUACGAACACAUCAACUCAUGCGCUUGUUUGUAUACUGUUCUAGUGUCUUCUCCGGUUUGUGGAAGGGACUUGGUACGGACCCAUAAUCUGAUGCUCAUGUGUUUUAAUUUGGCCUGCGGAGGGAUUCACUUGCCCUGGUCAAGGAUGGAUGUGUCCUCUGCUUGUACAGGAAGCCUGCUCUGUUCAGCCAUGUCAGGGCUCUGAACAGGGAUUCAACCUGGAUCUUCAACUUGGAGAAGCCUGCUGCCCCCUCUGACCAGCAAACCCAACCAGAGUGGACAUGCAUCAGCACAGAAGUGUCUGUCUGUCUGUCUCUCUCGCUCUGCGCCAGUGACCCCAUGGACAGGGUGUGAACCACACAGAGUUCUGUUUGGAAAGGUCUGCUAGGGAAGUGGUCUUCCUACACUGGGUCAUUUCACUGUGCAGAGGGCAGGCGGACAGACAUGUAGCCAGGCAUGCCAUCUAUUGUACAGUACUGUGGACACUGAGUUCAGACGGCCUGUGCAUUUCUACUACUGUUAGAAUGCAUCAGAUGAUGGACAGGAGGAGGAAACAACACAGGAAAACAAUGUCUUUAUUUUAUUUUCUCUUUUUUAAAUCCAGCCAGUCCAGUCCUGUGUUUGAAAGUGAGCUGAGACCUUUAGUACUUUUGAUCGUGAAUGUUUUGAUGGUGUCAGUUUAUCUCUUAUUUUCAAUGAUCUAUCUUCGGGGGUUUACAGGGUAUACAUGCUGUCCAUUGCUGAUGUCAUCAUACAUUUGAAAUGUUAUUGGAGGACGGUGGUGGCAUACGGUCUCCAGACAUCCAAUAGAGAGAGCGGUCUGUGGGUGUGAUGAAUGGCACUAAGAGACAAGUGACACUUUCUCACUGUUUUUAUAUUAACCAUGUCUGUGUUUGUUGAGAAUGUUUUUGGAUGUUAAGCACUUAGUUGUCAAUUUGUUCACAACGGCAUUUUUAGGAAUCUGUUUCGGGCAGGCGAGAAUGGAGUCGAGAAGAAGAGUGUAGAAUCCUACUGUGGAGGCGUCCUCCUUUAACAUCUGUUUCAUGUGGUCUUGCCACCAACAUUCUUUAGUGCUCCCAAACUCAAGCGCCAAUCACAGCUCUAGUGAAACAUGACCUAGUCUGCUUUGAGUGGAUGGAGAUCAACCUUAAAGCUGCUUUAGGGCAAAAUUCCCAGCAUCAGAGUUGGAAUUUGCUUGCAUUAAAGAGGUGACAAAUAAAAGCCAUCAAUGUUUCUAUGCCCCUUGGUCCAUGGCGGUGCUGGCUGUGGCUGUAGUGAGCCCCAGCUGGAAGCCCGUCUCUUGGAUGGAACUCCUAAUGUCUCUAGGGGCUGCCUGUUGUGACAGUCUGACCUCUGAUCUUUUACUGUCUAGAGGAAGAGGAGCUCUGCCUUACGCCAGGCCAGAUGCACCUUCUUAUCUAGACCCGAUUUUGUACAGCUAUAAGAUAUUUCUAGUGUUAAGUGCCAUUUAUUUGACAUAAUACAGUACUGAAGUUACCAAGUGACGCACAAUUUUUUUGAUUUUUCUUCCCUAUCAUUUUUCUUCAUGCCAGGGUUAUACGUGUCCAUGCAGGGAAAUGUUGAAACCAAGAGCAGAUGAAACGUCCCUCUUUUGAUUUUUUUCUAAAUCUGUCACAGCCUUAGCUCUUAACUGUCACAUAUUCUGUCAUGAUCCUGAUUCAGAGGAGGUUUAAAGUCCAACAGUUGGUGUUCAUUUACCAUGUGUGAUUUUAAAUUUUUACCCAUUUUAAAGGCCAUCUCUUUGUUGUUGAUGUGGUAUAUGACAGUGUUCAUGGCUUGUAUUGAAGCAAGAGAAGCACAGUUAUUCUCAGUGUGACUGUUGUUGAGGGCAACUGCGGUGUGUCAUCCUGCCCGGUCCACUAGUUGAGAGCGGGUUGAGUUAAUCAUGAUGGAGACUUGUUAGUAAUGAACAUGUGUAACAGUUGGACUGCCUGUGCUCUCCCCCUUCAUCUUCACUGGAUUACGUAAAGUUUCUUACCCUGGCUACCUAAACUGGUCAUGUUUUAGAUCUAGUCAGUCAAGGUGGAGCUCAAAUUAUAAGUUUUUAACUGGGCCCAAUAAAGCAGAGUUUCAGCCUCUCUACUUGUAUAUCAAUUUACUAUUCAUGAAGUCGUUGGGAGAGCAAAGUGACAGUACAUUUUGAUAUGAUAGUAAGACAGAACCAUAUCUACAUGUUAGCUAAAUAAAUAGCAGAGGAAACUAGAGGAAUCAGUUUGAAAUGUACUGAUGUGUAUUUGAAUGAUUUCUGUUUUUCCCCUCUGGUUUCUGUUUGUUCUUCCACUGCUUGCUUUGAUUACUGUCAUGUCACUCUCCGUGCUAGAAGUUAGCGUUUCAUUUGUAAUGAAAAGAAUGAUUCAAGACGAACGAAAAACGAAUUAGUCGAAUGGCCGAUGCGAUCCCUGUAUUGUGCAAGGGUGGGCGGGAGAGAUGGCAUUGACAAAUGUUCAACCAUAUUGUGCAUAAUGAUUUCUUUUUUUAUUAUUAUAACCCACUGUAUAAUAGCAAGGAUUGUAUAUAGAACUGAAGAGAUGUAAAUAUUUAUGUGGCUUGCUGCAAGGUUGGUAUUUACAGAAAAAGUAUUCACACUGUUUAAUUCUACAUGCCCACCAGCAAGCUUUGUGGAUAGCAGUGUAACAAUGAAAAUAAAAACAACACUGCCUUAAUGUUUAAAUAAAAAGCUUAUUGCCAUUGAAACUCA